GUUUCACGGCGCCAAAGCCUAGACCUGAUCGCGGUGCUGAGAGCCGCCCCAGCGGGGCAGGCCGUCCUGCUUUAGGAUUUUUACUGGCUGCAGGCUGAGUGGGAAGCACCCGGGGAGACCCUCCAGCGACAAUGAAGGCAGUGACCUUUGAGGAUGUGGCCGUGAACUUUACCAUGGAGGAGUGGGCUUUGUUGGAUCCAUCCCAGAAGAAGCUCUACAAAGAUGUGAUGUGGGAAAACUUUAGGAAUGUGAUGGCUAUAGGAAGAAAUUGGGAUGACCAGAGAAUUGAAGAUGAGUACAAAAAUUACUGGGAAAAUCUAAGAAAUGCAAAGGUAGUUAAUUUAUGGUAUCAAUAUGGAAAAAUGAUUUUUGUGACUCCUGAUACAAAUGUACACAUGAAACCGCGUGGUAUAAAAGCAGGUGAUAGCCUUGCAUGUGGAAAGCCUUUGAUUGGUCAUUCAUCGCCAACUGUACCCAUCAUAAAUAAAACUGGACUCCAAUCACAUGAGCUUCAUGGGUCAGAACAAAAGCUGUCUAAGAAGAAAGAGAAAACCUCCACUCACUUUCAGCACUUUGAGAAACGUGCAAAGACAAAUCCUGAAGAAAAACCCUGUGGAUAUAAACAGUGUGGAAAAUCCCACUGUGAUUGCAGUGAAGCAAGUAAUGCUGAAAAGAAAUCGAUUGCAUAUAAGCACGAUGUGAGGUCCUUCGAUACACCCAAUUGUGUUCAAAUCCAGAAAAGAAAUCACAAAAGGUUGAAUACCUAUAUAUGUAUACAUUGUGGAAAAGUUUUGAAUUCUCGCCGUGAUAUUCAGAAACAUAAAAGAACUCACAGUGGAACAGAAUCUUGCGCAUAUAAACACUGUUUGAAAUCCUUAAAUAAUGACACCUCAUUUACUAAUCAUGAAAGUCCCCACACUGGGAGAAAACGCUAUGUAUGUAAGCAAUGUGGGAAAGCUUUCACUUCACAGAAUAAUUAUAAAAUACAUGAAAGGACUCAUACUGGGGAAAAACCUUAUGUAUGUAAGCAGUGUGGGAAAGCUUUCAGGGCACACAAUUAUUGUAAAAUGCACGAAAGAACUCACACUGGGGAGAAACCUUAUGUGUGUAAGCAAUGUGGGAAAGCUUUCACUAGGCACAAUCAGUGUAAAAUACAUGAAAGGACUCACACUGGGGAGAAACCUUAUGUAUGUAAACAAUGUGGUAAAGCUUUUAUCAGGCAGAGUCAAUGUAAAAUACAUGAAAGGACUCACACUGGGGAGAAGCCCUAUGUAUGUAAACAAUGUGGCAAAGCUUUCAUGAGGCAGAGUCAGUGUAAAAUACAUGAAAGGACUCACACUGGGGAGAAACCCUAUGUAUGUAAGUAUUGUAUGAAAGCCUUCAUCAGGCAGAGUCAGUGUAAAAUACAUGAAAGGACUCACACUGGGGAGAAACCCUAUGUAUGUAAACAAUGUGGGAAAGCUUUCACGACACAGAGUGAUUAUCAAAGACAUGAAAGGACCCACACUGGGGAGAAACCAUAUGUAUGUAAGCACUGUGGGAAAGCUUUCAUCAGGCACAGCCAGUGUAAAAUACAUGAAAGGACUCACAGUGGGGAGAAACCCUAUGUAUGUAACCAAUGUGGAAAAGCUUUCAAGACUCAAGGUUAUUGUAAGAUACAUGAAAGGACUCAUACUAUGGAAAAACCCUAUGUAUGUAAGCAGUGUGGAAAAUCUUUCAGGACACACAUUUCUUGCAAAAUACAUGAAAGGAUUCACACUGGGGAGAAGCCUUAUGUAUGUAAGCAAUGUGGGAAAGCUUUCACAGCGCGGAGUUAUUGUAAAGUACAUGAGAAGACUCACACUGGGGAGAAACCCUAUGUAUGUAAGCAAUGUGGGAAAGCUUUUAGUGCACGCAAUAAUUGUCAAAAACAUGAAAGGACUCACACUGGGGAGAAACCCUAUGUAUGUAAGCAAUGUGGGAAAGCUUUUACUACACGUGAUAAUUGUCAAAAUCAUGAAAGGACUCACACUGUGGAGAAACUCUAUGCAUGUAAGCAAUGUGGCAAAUCUUUCAGCACACACAGGAAUUGUCAAAGGCAUGCAAGAAGUCACACUGGGGAGAAACCCUACGUAUGUAAGCAAUGUGGAAAAGCUUUUAGUACACAGGGUUAUUGUAAAAUACAUGAAAGAAGACACACUGGGGAGAAAUCCUAUUUAUGUAAGCAUUGUGGGAAAGCUUUCAGCACACAUGGAUAUUGUCAAAUACAUCAAAAAACUCACUCUGGGGAGAAACCUUAUGUAUGUAAACAAUGUGGGAAAGCUUUCAGCAAGCGUAUUACAUGUAAUAUACAUGAACGAAAUCACACUGGGGAAAAACCCUAUGUCUGUAAGCAGUGUGGAAAAGCUUUCAGUGCACACUCUUAUUGUAAAAUACACGAAAGAAGUCAUGCUGGAGAGAAACCCUACGUAUGUAAGCAAUGUGGGAAAGCUUUCAGCAGGCGUAGUACAUGUAACAUACAUGAAAGAAAUCACACUGGGGAGAAACCCUUUGUGUGUAAGCAAUGUGGGAGGGCUUUUAGCACACAUCGUGCUUCUCAAAAUCAUGAAAGAAUUCAUACUGGAGAGAAACCCUAUGUAUGUAAGCAAUGUGGGAAAGUUUUCAGUACGCAGAGUUAUUGUAAAACACAUGAAAGAACUCAUGCUGGGGAGAAACCCUAUGUAUGUAAGCAUUGUGGGAAAGCUUUCAUCAGGCACAGUGAAUGUAAAAUACAUGAAAGAAUUCACACUGGUGAGAAACCCUAUGUAUGUAAGCACUGUGGAAAAGCUUUCAGUACACAGAGUUACUGUAAAAUACAUGAAAGAACUCACACUGGGGAGAAGCCAUAUGUAUGUAAGCAAUGUGGAAAAGCUUUCAGUACACACCUUUAUUGUGAAAGACAUGAACGGACUCACACUGGAGAGAAACCCUAUAUAUGUAAGCAAUGUGGGAAAGCUUUCAUCAGGCACAGUGAAUGUAAAAUACAUGAAAGGACCCACACUGGGGAGAAGCCGUAUAUUUGUAAGCAUUGUGAGAAAGCUUUCAGCACAAAGUAUUAUUGUAAAAUACAUGAAAGAAUUCAUACUGGAGAGAAACCAUAUAUAUGUAAACAAUGUGGGAAAGCUUUCAGUACACGCAGUUACUGUCAAAUGCAUGAAAGAAUUCACAUGGGGAGAAACCCUAUGUAACUUAGCAAAGUAGGAAAGCUGUCAAAUCCAUGAAGUCUCACUGGAAAGAAACUUUAUGUAUAUAAAUCUAUUUUUAAAAUUCUGUGACAAUUUCUAGAUCUGUAGAAAUAACACAAAAUGUGUGAUGUCAGUAUUCAUAAAUUUUCCUGAAAAUACAAUUCCAAGUGGAGAUACCCUAAAGU